CCGGCGCCCUCCCUCCUUCACCUGUCUCCCCACUGUCAUCAUGCGCGCCACCUGCCCCUCCCCCUCCUCCUCCUCAGCCUCCUCCUCCUCCUCCUCCUCCUCGCGCCUCGCUUCCUCUCUCUCUCUCCUUCCUUCCUGCCUUCCUACCCCUCUCUCCCUUUCUCUCUCUAGAAAUGCGCGAUGCUGAUGUGAUGCUCUUCAGUCCUUCCAUCCUAGCCGUAGUUGGUGCUUAUAUCUACGGAGGCCCCCCACUCCCCUUGCUCCGCCUCUUCUUCUCCGGUGGCCGCGGCGAAGAGCGCCACUGAACCAGGCUCUCCUCCUCCUCCUCCCCGCCGCUUGCUCCGGCCCGUCCCGUCUCGGCUGAUCGUACAGAGCUCUCUUCUUCUGCAUUGACGUUCGUGCGUUCGCGCUUUAGAGGUUGCUGCAGCAGAGGCCAAUUCGUCGUGCUCGCUGUUCCUCUGGAGGACGUGCAUGUGAGAUUUUUUUCUUCUUUUUUUUUUUUUUAACUUUUGGUCGAUUCCACGGCAAUAGAGAAUGGAGGCAGCCGCUUGUGGACCGGCUCUGCAAUUCCCUCCGCCCGUGCGUUUGAAAGGGAACGGAGGCAGGCAGAGGGACCGCCUGCCGUCGCCGCGCCGGAGCAAUCUCCGCCUCGUGACCAUCCGUGACUCCCGGAGGAAACCGGAGUUCCUCAGGCAGAGGAAGCCGCCCGUGGGUCUACUACAAUCUCGCGAGUGUUCGCAAGUGGUCCCGGCUCUGGAAGCAGGAUGUUUGCGUGCUUCUUCGAAUGGAAAUUGGUUGCUCAAGACGAAAGCCCAAGAAGUGAGCUCGUGCUUGGAUGGCCGCUCCAUUUUCCUUGUCGGGAUGAUGGGCUCUGGAAAGACAACGGUCGGAAAGAUUUUGUCUGAAGCGUUAGGAUAUACUUUUGUUGACAGUGACAAAUACGUGGAGCAGGCUAUUGGCCAAGAUUCUGUCACUCAAAUUUUAAAACGUGGGGAGUGUAUCUUCAGAGAUUAUGAGAGUGAUGCAUUACGGAAAUUGUCUUUCACGCCCCAGCAGGUUGUUGCAACUGGUGGUGGUGCAGUUGUUCGGCCUAUCAACUGGAAAUAUAUCAAGCAGGGAGUCAGUGUCUUCUUGGAUGUGCCUUUGGAUGCCCUGGCUAGGAGAAUUGCUGCUGUAGGAACUGCUUCCCGCCCCCUUUUGCACUUUGAAUCAGGCGAUCCAUACACACAGGCUUUUGUUGGACUUUUCACUCUCUCAAAAAAAAGAGCUGAAUCAUAUGCCAGUGCUGAUGUUAAAGUUUCCAUCCUAGAUCUCGCUGCUAACUUGGGCGUUGAAGACGUUCUUGAUGUCACACCAAAAGCUAUAGCGAUUGAGGUACUUGUACAAAUAGAGAAAUUUCUUCAAGGCAACGACGUGUCCAGGCGAAUGUUUCCUUAAUCGACCAUAUAUGGGUCGUGUAUUUUAGCAUGUUACACUUCUUUUCUGUUUUUGAACUCUAUCUUGCCACUUUCUGCUCCCUAGUUUGAACUGACAUUAAGAGAAGUUCUGUUUAUUAGGGUUGCACGGGAUGUAUAGGUAAAUGAUCCAUAAUAAGCAUAUAGUGUUGCUUUAGUGCUUGGACAUUUGUCUAUUUGAUUACGAACAUCAAGAGGGCUAUACUGGUACACUGUUAAUUAAUACGAAUGGUACUGUCUUGUGGACUAA